AUGGAGGGAUUAAGUCUAAGAGAGGAUCGUUCGUUGAAUAGGUCUGCUCUUGGUAUGCAGUUAGUUGUAGUCGAGCAGAAGGCAGCGUAUGAAACAACUCGUUUGGUCGAGUUUCCGCCUCGCAAGGUGAACAAGAGUGACGAAAGGGUCGAAAGUGCACCAAUUAAAUUUGUAACCGAGUCGCCAAUGGUGUUCAACGACAGAGUGGGCAUUCUAUACGAAGAGCAAUGGCAACAUUUCUAG